AUGGAGCACUCGUUACAUCGUCAUCCACUAACCCUAGACACCAAGGAAGGAUUCUUCACAUGCUCUACUUGUAACCAAGGAUCAUGUGGUUUCAUGUAUCAAUGUUGCCAAAAGGAAUGUGGGUUUAGAACAGAUGUAAAAUGUGCUUCUUUUGUCGAGCCAUUCAAACAUCCAGCUUCUCCAGAUCUUUUUUUUCUGAUACAUGUUAGUGAUGAACGACGGCCACUUGAAUGUCUUGCUUGCAAAAACAAAUCAAGGACAAUGACAACAAUGACACAUGGUGGCUAUGGCACAUUCGUCUUUGAUCUCAAAUGCGCAACUCUACCUGGAUUUGCAAGAUAUAAGUAUGACACACAUAUACUCACCCUAUAUGGUGUUUUCAUGGGAGUCUACUGGUGUGAGAUAUGCGAAGAAGAAAUACAAUUCAAUAGGGUAAAAGGGUAUUACCAUUUUGUAUACACUUGCACCAAAUGUUGCACCACGGUACAUGCUGAUUGCAUCUUAGGUAAACAUCCUUAUAUGAAACCUGGCCGUAAGACCAAGUCAACGGUCUUGAGAUUCAUAUUGCUUCAAACAAUGGUGUUUUUUCUCGUCGAAAUUGCCAUACAUGUCACUGCAUCUGCCAAGAUAAAGUAG